AUCACAAAUAACUUUCGCUUUUCCCCUCAAGUCGCGAUCUCUUCCCGACGCUUCACGGGAUUUGUAGUUUUUUUUGUUGUGUUUUCUUCUCGAGCAUGCGAUGGCGGCGGCGACGGCUGGAAGCGAAUGUUUCCUACAAGGUGCCUUUGGCUUUUAAGGCGCUCUCUCAGAGAAAUUCAACACAGUAGAGUAGGAUGUCAGCAAAUGCAAACAUUUCUACCAUGCAUGAUAAAAUGAAAGUCUACUGAAAACACUUUCCAGCAGAUUGUCUCAAAGGAGAGUCUCAUAGGUUCUUAUUCUGGAAGCUGGAUUCCAGCUCAAGUGAUGCAGCAUAUCCAUAAUUUCCCCAUGAAAUAUAUCCUGGUGACUGGUGGUGUCAUUUCGGGUAUUGGCAAAGGAAUUAUUGCAAGCAGCAUAGGUACCAUCCUGAAAUCAUGUGGCCUCCGAGUAACUGCAAUCAAAAUAGACCCCUACAUUAACAUAGAUGCUGGAACGUUCUCACCAUAUGAGCAUGGUGAAGUUUUUGUACUAAACGAUGGUGGAGAAGUUGAUCUAGACUUGGGAAACUAUGAAAGAUUCUUAGACAUUAGCCUUUACAAGGAUAAUAACAUCACCACUGGAAAGAUCUACCAACAUGUCAUCAAUAAAGAAAGGCAUGGAGAUUACUUGGGAAAAACUGUUCAAGUUGUACCUCAUAUUACUGAUGCUGUUCAAGAAUGGGUAAUGAAUCAGGCGAAAGUUCCUGUGGAUGGUGAUAAGAAAGAACCACAGAUAUGUGUAAUUGAAUUGGGUGGAACUAUUGGAGAUAUUGAGGGAAUGCCCUUUGUAGAAGCUUUUCGACAGUUUCAAUUUAAGGCCAAAAGAGAGAACUUUUGCAAUAUUCAUGUCAGCUUAGUACCACAGCCUAAUGCUACUGGUGAACAGAAAACAAAGCCUACUCAAAACAGUGUCCGUGCUUUAAGGGGUCUUGGUCUUUCUCCUGAUUUGAUAGUCUGUAGAAGUACUAAACCUAUAGAAAUGGCUGUAAAAGAAAAGAUUUCAAUGUUUUGUCAUGUAGAACCUGAGCAGGUAAUAUUCAUCCAUGACGUUUCUUCCACUUACCGAGUGCCAAUCCUUUUGGAAGAACAAGGCAUAAUUAAAUACUUUAAAGAGAGGCUAAGCCUACCAAUUGAUGACCAACCAAGUCACCUUCUUUUCAAAUGGAAAAAAAUUGCAGAUAGGUAUGAGAGGAUGCUAAAGAGCUGUUCUGUUGCUCUAGUUGGGAAGUAUACAAAACUGAGUGAUUGCUACACCUCUGUUUUCAAGGCGUUAGAGCAUUCAGCUAUAGCAAUUAAUCACAAGCUUGAUCUAAUGUAUAUAGAUUCAGCAGAUCUCGAACCUGCUAUGGAGGCUGAGAAUCCAGUGAGAUUCCAUCAGGCCUGGCAGAAGCUAUGUAAAGCAGAUUGCGUAUUAGUACCUGGAGGUUUCGGCCCUAGGGGAACAGAAGGAAAACUUCAAGCAAUUUCAUGGGCAAGAAAAAAGAAAAAGCCUUUUCUUGGAAUUUGUUUGGGAAUGCAGCUGGCAGUAGUGGAAUUUGCAAGGAAUUCUCUAAACUGGCAAGAUGCCAAUUCAACCGAAUUUGAUCCCAAUACAAAGAAACCUGUUGUCAUUGAUAUGCCUGAACAUAAUCCUGGCAACAUGGGAGGAACAAUGAGACUAGGGAAAAGAAAAACUAUCUUUAAGACAGAAGACUCUUUGUUAAGGAAACUUUAUGGCAAUGAAGCUUUUGUGGAAGAACGACAUAGACAUCGCUAUGAGGUAAAUCCUGAACUGAUUCACUUCUUUGAAGAUAAAGGCUUGAAGUUUGUUGGGCAUGACACAGAAGGAAAGAGAAUGGAAAUCAUUGAACUGGAUGAUCAUCCAUAUUUCAUUGGUGUUCAGUUCCAUCCUGAGUUCUCUUCCAGACCUAUGAAGCCUUCACCUGCAUAUCUUGGCCUUUUACUUGCUGCAACAGAAUCACUCAGCACAUACCUGCAACAUGGAUGUAAAUUGUCUCCUAGUGACAGUUACAGUGACCUGAGCGAAGAGGGUUUUCCAGAAAAAGAAACAAGCUUAACAUAUUCAGGAAUGCAAGAAAAGUAUAGAGAAGACAGCAAGAUUAAAAAAAAAGAAGCAGAAGGAAAAAAAACAUAAUUUGAAAAAGCCAUUCCAAAGAAGAAAAACUGAUUAAAUUGGAGAAGAUGUGCAGCUCUCCCUGUGUUCUUGACAAUGUUUCUGCUGCCUCAGUGAAAAAUUUCAUUUCAACAUUAUUACUCUCUCUAAACUGCAUAAAGUCCACCUUAUGUUCCCUCAUGAUUUCAAGUGAAUUGUUAGCUUUGUGCUACGAUUUAGUGGUAAGGAGGGCAUCAGAAUUCUAUCAACUUAUUUCUGGAUCAUUUAAAACAAAAUUUUUAAGCUGCAGUCAGAAGGAUGUUUGAUGCAUUAUAACUUUUUUCAUAAGUAAUGGUUAUUAUAUAUGUCAUUAUGUGCACAUUUCUGUAAAUAUUUCUUCCUGGAUAGAGCUAAUGUUGGUGUAAUGAUACAGUGAUCCAAGAUAAUGAGCUGACAAAGAACAGUUUGGCUUAAGAACUAAUCUUCACUACAGAUUCAGCCCCAGUCCUCUGACAUGUGCAAGGACUAAUGAGAAAUAAAAAUAAAUAUAAAUCUGU